UGCGGUUCUUGUCAUGGAGUUUGAGGCCCAAAAGUGAGAUAUUCUGCAAGAUUUUCUGACGCAUUAAGCCUCCAACAAAUCUUUGCGUUCCUAUCAACUUUUUGGAAAGAGCAGACACGUUGCCCUAUUUCGCCCUUGGAUUACAGAACAUUCAGAAAAAUAAAGGACAAGAAAGUAUAUAAAUGCAGUGCAUCCCGUGUCACUAGAAAGCAUCCACAGAAGCUGUCAUGCCUAGAGAAAUUGAGGAAAUGGCUCCUUCCAAUGCCUUCCACAUGCUUGUUGCCUUGCUAACGUUUUCUCUGCUGCUGUCUUCAAACAUUGCUGUCCCGAUUACAAGGCCAGGAAGCCUAAUUCAUAGGCCUAAAGCUCAUUACCCAAUCCCGGUGAAAGCGCACGAGAUCAAAGAAGGAAGAAAUCUGGAAGGUGAACUGGUUAGCGGAAGGAUGACUGUGCAGCUCAACGAUUAUCCAGGGUCGGGGGCUAACAACCGGCACACUCCUAAGGCACAGUCUGCAAGAGUUUGUACUGAUUGCUAGUUCUCCUCUAUAUCAGGAGUGAGCGUAUUAGUCCCUAUAUUGAGCAUAGAUUUCGAGUGUCAUGUCGCCCGUGGAGAGCAUCAGUUUCCUUAAUUUUGAUCCUGUAUCAGUGUAGCGAAUUCUUUUGUACUAUGGGCGACCGAAAUGUGAUUUAGACUUUAGAUUAGAACUAGAAUACCAGGUUUAUGAGGUAAUUCUUGUGUUAGGUCUUCGGUACUUAUCAGGUAGGAGAACGUGACUGAUGUCAGCUAAGAGCUCCGAUCAGUAUGUUUCUAUAGAAGCCUAGAAAAUUUAAAUGAGACUUUCUGAUCCAUCUUCACAGUUCUUUUGCUCCGGAGGUACAUUACUAUCGGGCAAUGGUCAUCUUCAUACUGGUUGACUGGGGACAAAAUUAACAGGUGACGCUUUCCGAUAAAGAAAUGGCUGGCUAUUGUUGCUGAAAGACAUUGAAACCAUGAAC